AUGGAGCCUCCUUCUACGAAUAAGCCUAAGCAGCAGGAGUUUACUCUGGCCUCCGUCACUGAUCUCACCUCCUCUUCCUCACCUCCUUCUUCCUCGCCUGUUGUAGCUACGUUUUCAUGCGUUAACGAAGUCACUGAGCUCAGAUUUCAGGAAUCCGAUUCCGCCGAUGGUUUCAAUUUUGAUCUUAGCUCCGCUCAGUUACUGAUGAAAUGCAUUGUAUGUAAUCUGUGUUUUGCACAGUUGUUCAAGUUGGGGCCGCUUCAGUUCAUCUGUGUAUCUGAUAGUUCGGAUUCCGCAAAAGAGGAUUCAUUCUCUCGAGGAGUUGUAAUAAAAUUUAGAGAUGAGAAGGAAAGCAAGGACUUUUGUGAUACAUUUGAGGAAUGGAGCAAGGAUGCCGUUAAAAAAGGUGCCUUCUUGGAUCUGUUUAUGUUUACCUCUAGGUUCUUAGAAAGAAAGAGACUUUCAGGAUCAUCUUUGCCAAACGGAACAGUUUCAGAUAGUAAAAGCAAGUUCGACAAUAAGAUAGAGGCUGCUUCAGCAAAAAUGUAUUUCCAUUAUUAUGGACAACUUCUACAUCAGCAAAAUAUGCUACAGGAUUAUGUGAGGACAGGUACAUAUCAUGCUGCUGUCAUGGAGAACCGUUCAGAUUUUUCUGGGCGUAUUGUGGUCGAUGUCGGCGCUGGAAGUGGCAUUUUGUCAAUGUUUGCUGCUCUGGCCGGUGCCAAGCAUGUGUAUGCUGUGGAAGCGUCAGAAAUGGCUGAUUACGCCCGUAAGCUGAUUGCUGGAAACCCAUUGCUUGCUGAACGGAUUACAGUCAUUAAGGGAAAAAUUGAGGAUAUUGAGUUGCCUGAGAAGGCCGAUGUUUUGAUCUCUGAACCAAUGGGCACCCUAUUGGUCAAUGAAAGGAUGUUGGAAACGUAUGUUAUUGCUAGGGACCGUUUUCUGUCUCCAAACGGGAAAAUGUUUCCGACAGUCGGAAGGAUCCAUAUGGCCCCCUUCUCCGAUGAAUUCUUAUUUGUUGAAAUGGCAAAUAAGGCUAUGUUCUGGCAGCAACAGAACUAUUAUGGAGUUGAUUUGACACCUUUAUAUGGAUCAGCACACCAAGGUUAUUUUUCCCAGCCCGUGGUUGAUGCAUUUGAUCCGAGAUUAUUGGUGGCUCCCUCGAUGUUUCAUGUGAUAGAUUUCACUCAGAUGAAGGAAGAACAAUUUUACGAGUUUGAUGUCCCGUUGAAGUUCACAGCGUCUGUGUGUACCAGAGUGCAUGGACUUGCGUGCUGGUUCGACGUUCUCUUUGACGGAAGCACUGUGCAAAGAUGGUUCACGACUGCUCCUGGUGCACCAACAACCCAUUGGUACCAAAUAAGAUGUGUUCUCUCGCAGCCUAUUCAUGUCAUGGCAGGGCAAGAGCUCACUGGUAGACUUCAUUUGGUUGCCCACAGUGCUCAGAGUUACACUAUAAAUCUAACUCUCUCAGCUAAAAUGUGGGGGGUUGGUGCCAAUCAAGGCGGAAUCCUCCAGACAUCAUCGUGCAAACUCGAUCUAAAAGAGCCUUAUUAUAGAAUGUCUCAGCCACAAGCAUACCCUGUUUCACAAGAACCACUAGCUCAACCGCAAGACAUACAGAUACAGAGCGAUGACUUGGAAGAAGUAGAGUUACUACAACAGAACGCAAACGCUCAGCUCUAG